UAUUAGACGUAUUACGGGAAUGGGAGGAUAUCCAUAAACAGGACUGUCUUAUCUGCACGUUAUAUGUGUAGCAGUUCGUUCAUUUCAACACACUUUUCCUGUUGGAGAUUUCAAGUCCAGGCAAGAGUUUCCGAGCUACACAUAGCUACCGUUCAUAAGGAGUUUAAACGCGGCGUUGAACAGAUGGCACUAUCAGGAUGGAUUUGUGUGGUGACUGGUGCUUCCAGAGGAAUUGGAAGAGGUAUUGCCCUUCAGUUAUCUGAGGCUGGUGCUACUGUGUACAUCACUGGUCGACAGGAGAAAACUUUAAAGCAGACAGCAGCUGAGGUAACAGAGAGAGGUGGCCGGUGUCUCCCUGUGGUCUGUGACUCAUCUAAGGAGGGUGACAUCAAGGACCUGUUUGAACGUGUCCAGCGUGAGCAAAAUGGCAGGCUUGACAUUUUGGUGAAUAAUGCUUAUGCUGGUGUACAGGCUAUUUUCGACAACAUGAAUAAAAAGUUCUGGGAGGUGGAACCAGAUAUUUGGGACACCAUAAACAACACUGGACUCAGGGGUCACUAUUUCUGCUCAGUGCAUGCUGCAAGGAUGAUGGUGGCUCAAGGCAAGGGCUUGAUUGUGUUCAUAUCAUCUAUGGGUGGCAUGCGCUAUCUCUUUAAUGUACCCUAUGGGGUCGGCAAGGCUGCAUGUGACAGAAUGGCAGCAGAUAUGGCAGUAGAGCUGAAGAAGAAAGGUGUGGUUUCUGUAAGCCUCUGGCCAGGGGCAGUUCAGACUGAGUUAGUUAAUCAGUAUGUAUCUCUUGAGGCACCUCCAGGUUUGGAUCCCAAAUUCAAGGAAGUUUUCAGUAAGGGUGAGACGACGGAGUUCAGUGGACGAUGCUUAGUUGAGCUGGCCAAAGAUACAAGUCUGAUGUCCAUGACUGGUCAAGUGUUGAUGACCUGUGACCUGGCUCGGCGCUAUGGACUCACAGAUGUUGAUGGCCGCAGUGUUGUGGACUACACCUCUCUGAAGUUCAUCUUUUCCCAGGUACCUUAUGUGUCCUGGCUCUCCGUAUUCACUCCUUCAUUCAUCAGAGUGCCUCGUUCCAUGCUGAGUCUUGGCAGUGGGAAAUUUUAACAUGCAGAAACAGGGCUUGUUUUUAAUAAUUGUCUUUUUUUAAUUGUUUCUAAAAUUAUUGUAAUGUCCAUCUUAACAUAGGAGUAAGGACUGAAACAUUUGUUAAUAAAUAACAAAUGAAUGAAUGAUUAAAAUUACAGUAGCUGAGUCAUUUAAGACACAUUUUGCACAAUUCAUCAGCACAUUUGUCACACAACAUAUUGUUUUCUAAAACAAUAAUAAUAAUAAAAAAAACCUUUUAAAUACACUGGUGGUUUUAACUUCAAAGAGGAUAAUACUUGUAAUAAAUGAAUGUAUUCUAACCAAA